AUGGCGACGACCUCUUCUCCUCGUCAACCGGUCGACGGUGCUGGCGGAACCAAAGUCCUACCUCUCAUGUCCCGUGAUGAAAUCGAAGACUUGAUUGCCAAGGGACGACAAAUUAUCAUCCACCGCGGCUAUGUCUUGAAGCUGGAUGGAUGGCUGCAGUAUCACCCUGGAGGUGACAAAGCCAUCAUGCACUUGGUGGGCAGAGAUGCUACCGAUUGGGUCGACGUUAUCCAUUCCGACGAGGCAAAAGAGAGAAUGCCACGGUACCGGAUUGGCCGGAUCGAGGGUUCUUGGCUCAACUUCAGGCCACCUAUUCAAGGCGGUGUGUUCCGGACUAUGGAAGAGAUCGAAUCGGACCGCCGCAAAGGCAUCAACGCCGUCUCAACCGGGGAGGACAAUAGCUCCUCCAGCUCCCGCGCGCCCUCGCCCGUCUUCGAUGUCGACACAAGCGAGUUGCGGGAUCGAAAGAGUGCGUUGUCGGGAUCUGGAGCAGCGAGGUCGGAGUCGGUCUCAUCGGCAUCGACGGCAGAUAAGGUGCCGCUGGACGGCAUGUCCUAUCUGGACAUUGUCACUCGCGAGUAUAUCCAGCUCGACCUGGAAAAGUAUCCCGCUGUUGACGAGGCGACGCAAGCCCACAUCAUUGCCAAAUACCGCGAGCUGCACCAGAAGAUCAUCGAUGCUGGCCUCUACAAGACGAAUUACGCGGCAUACGGCUGGGAGUGCUUCCGCUACUUUUCGCUGUUUGCCUCGAUGCUGAUUACGCUUUCCUAUGGCUACUACGUGAUCAGCGCCUUGUGCCUUGGCUUCCUAUGGCAUCAGCUCGUCUUCUCUGCCCACGACGCCGGCCACAUGGGCAUCACGCACAACUACUACAUUGACACAUUUAUUGGCAUCUUCAUCGCCGACUUUGUGGGUGGCCUCUCCCUCGGCUGGUGGAAGCACAACCACAACGUCCACCACAUUGUGACGAAUGCUCCCGAGCACGAUCCCGACAUUGAGCAUAUGCCCAUAUUCGCUGUUUCCCAUCGCCUGCUGGGAUCUUUGCGGUCUACUUUCUACGACCGAGUCAUGGAGUACGACGCUGUUGCCAAGGUGCUCUUGCGUAUCCAGCCGUGGACCUACUACCCUUUCCUGGCAUUCGGCCGCUUCAACCUCUAUGUCCUCUCAUGGGACUACAUCAUCAACGGACGAGGACCGCGAAAGGGCCAGGCCGCGUCCCUCCGUUGGCUUGAGCUGGCAGGACAGAUCUUUUUCUGGUGCUGGUUCGGCUACGGAAUCCUGUACAAGUCGAUACCCGACAACUGGUCGCGAUUUGUCUAUGUGAUGGUGAGCCACAUUGCAUCAUCUCCUCUGCACGUCCAGAUUGUGCUGUCGCACUUUGCCAUGAGCACCACGGAUCUGGGGCCGCAGGAGUCGUUCCCGCAGAUGAUGCUGCGGACCACCAUGGACGUGGACUGCCCUCGCUGGCUGGACUUUAUCCACGGAGGCCUGCAGUUCCAGGCGGUCCACCACCUGUUCCCGCGUCUGCCGCGCCACAACUUCCGCGAUGCGCAGAAGCUGGUCAUUGAGUUUUGCAAGGAGGUCGGCAUUCCCUAUGCGUACUAUGGCUUCUCAACGGCCAACGGGCAGGUCAUUGGCAGGCUGGCCGAGGUUGCCCGACAAGCCGCCAUCUUUUCAAAGUGCCAGGAAACAAUUGCCAAGUCAAAGGAUUUCUCCAUUUAG